AUAAAAUGAUUUUUCUAAGUCACUUGCACUAUUGAUCAUUUUUGCAGUCGGCAGUCACUUGAGGAAUAUAUUUCGCUCUUUGUUUGAGCUUUCAGGGUGUGAAAGGAAGCAGAGUUUAUUGCAUUGCAGCAGGAGGCAAGAGCCUCUAUUUCUAUGGAGAAUCAAAGCAUUAACCAGAUGGAGCAGAGGAAGGGCCGCAGAUUAUUGCUCUUCCCUCUUCCCCUCCAAGGCCACAUAAAUCCCACGAUUCAGCUGGGAAAUAUUCUCCACUCCAAAGGCUUCUCUAUCACCAUAAUCACCACUAACUUCAACUCUCCCAACCCCUCAAAUUAUCCGCACUUUGACUUCCAUUUCAUCAAUGAAAACUUAUCUGAGGAUGAAAAAUCUCAACCCAAUAUUGUUGCUCUUGUUCAACUGAUCAACAGUAGAUGUGCACAGCCUUUUCGUGAUUGCUUGGCUGAGUUACUGUCUAACGUUUUGGAGGAGCCUAUUCUCUGCUUGAUCUCGGAUGUUGGUUGUUACUUUACUCGAGCUGUUGCAGAUGAGCUUAAGCUGACGAGGAUGGUCUUAAGGACUAGUGGAGCAACUGCCUUCUUCUCUUUUUCUGCCUUGCAUCUUUUAUGUGAGAAGGGAUACCUUCCUAUACAAGAUUCUCAAUUAGAGAAGCCAGUGGCAGAGUUUGCACCUCUCAGGGUCAAAGACCUUCCGCUCAUCGACUCAUGUGCCCCAGAAGAACUUUAUGAACUGGUAGAUGACAUGGUCAAUGCAACCAAGGCCUCUUCAGGACUUAUAUGGAAUACUUUUGAAGAACUAGAGCAACCUGCCCUGGCUACGAUGGGCCAAGACUUUGGCAUCCCAAAUUUCCCAAUUGGUCCAUUUCAUAAACGCUUUCCAGCCUCUUUGAGUAGCUUAUUAUCCCAGGAUCAAAGCUGUAUUUCUUGGCUAGACAAACAAAAAUUCAGAUCAGUUGUUUAUGUGAGUUUUGGAAGUAUUGCAGCGGUUAAUGAAACUGAAUUUUUAGAGAUAGCUUGGGGCCUAGCCAACAGCAAGCAGCCCUUCUUGUGGGUGGUUAGGGCUGGAUCAACCAGCAAAUCUGACUGGCUUGAAACAAUGCCAAAAGGCUUCUUGGAAGCUUUGGGUGAAAGGGGACACAUAGUGAAAUGGGCUCCACAGCAGGAAGUGUUGUCUCAUCCAGCAGUUGGAGCAUUUUGGACUCACAAUGGCUGGAACUCAACAUUGGAGAGCAUAUGUGAAGGGGUUCCCAUGAUUUGUAUGCCUUUUUUCACUGAUCAAAGGGUUAACGCCAGAUACGUGGCUGAGGUUUGGGGAGUUGGUGUGCAAUUAGAGAAGCGGGAGAGGGAGGUGAUAGAGAGGACCAUUAAAGGAAUAAUGAUGGAGAAAGAGGGGGAAAAAUUAAGAGGCAGAGUAUUGGAUAUAAAGGAGAAAGCAACUCGAUGCCUCUGUCAAGGUGGUUCUUCAUACCAAUCACUUGACAGCUUGGUUAGUCACAUUUUAUCAUUCCAAUCGUUUUCUCCCGUUCUGAAUUAUUUUUAGCUAUGAAGCACUUUCUUUCAAGUGGUAUUGUAUGGCGAUAUCUCAGAGAUGAAUAAUAUGAGUGAAAGAAUUGUUUUCCCUUACAGUAUAUUCCAUUCCAUUAUGUUUGUGCCAUGGCAAUCGAGUUUCUUUAUGCAGCAGAAAUAAAAUAAUAUUUCAAGGAGGCUUUUCUGAAAAUAAAAUGAUUAACAAUUCGAUGAAAACGGAAGAAGGAGAUGAGUUGGGAUGUUGAGGAAUUGCUGAGAUUUCUCUCACUGAAAAGAAAUAUGAAGAUGAUUAUAAAUUUGAAUAAGAAGCUGUCGAGGUUGUCAUGGUUGUGAGAAAUAAAGUGUUUGAUGCUUUCAUAAGACAGGUAAUCUUUGGACAUAUGCACAGCUAGCUUGUUUUUUGCAACACUGAUUGACCUUAGACAGCAGAAGCGAACGCUCUUUUCAGUUACGUGCAGAAAUUACUUUUAUCCUUAAUUAGUGGAGAGUCUAAACAGCAAAAGAAUCUUGUGAAUUGUAAGACACAUCCCAAUUUGGGGGGUGGAAAAUGCCAAACAAGUUCAUAGGAAAGCUCCAAAUAUGCCAAGCGACGGGAGGACUCUCCAGCACCACCGUAUGAACUAGCCUUCUUUGAGUACGUUCUCUGUUGUUGAAAGGAACGUCACAAAUGAUGCUA